AAUAACUGUUCGAUUCACACCUACCACGAUAAUAGCUUUAUAGGCCUACUGAUCGUCUGAUUGAGAUAUAUGUAUGACAUGCGGUCCUCUUUGUAAGAGUGAACUUUAUCUACAAACCCGGAAAAGGCAUCAACAUAAUUAAGAAUCCUGCAAAGGACUCAUACAGAAGCUAUGUUUAGUUCACCAAUUAUCCUGAAAAGGCAGUCCAAUAUUUUACUUGUUAGUUUGUUGUUUUAUAUUUUUCUAAUAAAUGGUCGGGGGCGAGUAAAUUAUUAAGAUGAUAGGAAACAACAAAAUGGUGAUUUUCUUGCAGGUGAGAAUUGCUUUGUAUGGCUUGGACCAAAACCAUUAGUAAUAAUCACUGAUGCGGAACUUAUAAAAGAGAUACUUCGUAUAUACUAAACAGGAUGUUUAUAGAAAGAUCACUCAUCCCAAUCCACAGACCAAACUGUUGGCUGAAGGACUUGUGUUACUUGAGGGAGAUAAAUGGGCCAAGCAUAGAAGGCUUAUCAAUCCUGCCUUCCAUUCCGAGAAAUUAAAGCAUAUGCUACCAGCAUUCUACUUGAGCUGUAAUGAGAUGCUGGCUAAAUGGGAAGAUGUUAUACCGGUGGGAGGAUCAGGAGAGCUCGAUGUGUGGCCUUACCUUGAGAAAAUGAGUAGUGAAGUGAUUUCUCGCACUGCGUUUGGGAGUAGCUAUGAAGAAGGACAAAACAUAUUUGAACUUCAAAAAGAACAAGCUGAGCAUGUAAUCGAAGCUUCCCGCAAACUUUAUAUCUCAGGGUUGAGGUUUCUGCCAAGUAAAAGGAACAGAAGAAUGUAUGAAAUCGAGAAAAUAGUUCAAAUGUCUAUAAAGAGCAUAAUUGAUAAAAGAUUGAGUGCAAUGAGAGCCGGAGAGCCUAGUAAGGAGGAUCUUUUGGGAGUACUAUUGGAGUCGAAUUGUAGAGAAAUUGAAGAGCAUGGAGAUCAAGUUUUUGGCAUGACAUUAACGGAAGUCAUUAAUGAGUGCAAGCUUUUCUACUUUGCUGGGCAGGAGACGACUUCUGUUUUGCUUGUCUGGACUAUGAUUUUGUUGAGCACUCACGGUCAUUGGCAGGAACGAGCCAGAGAGGAGGUUAUACAGCUCUUUGGGAAGAACAAGCCAGAUCUUGAUGGACUGAAUAAGCUAAAGACUGUAACAAUGAUUUUGAAUGAGUCUUUGAGGUUAUAUCCGCCUGUGGCAACUGCGGGACGAAAGGUACAUAAAGACACCAGAUUAGGGAAGCUAAAUCUACCGGCUGAAGUUAUGUGCUUAGUACCAACAAUCCUAAUCCACCGCGACAAGAAGCUUUGGGGUGACGACGCAACUGAGUUCAAACCAGAGAGGUUUAGCGAAGGAGUGUCGAAGGCAAUGGGAGGGAAAAUGUCAUUUUUCCCGUUUGGAUGGGGGGCCCGAGUGUGCAUUGGACAAAACUUUGCCAUGUUAGAAGCGAAAAUGGCCCUGGCAAUGGUUCUCCAGCGCUUCUCCUUUCAGUUGUCUCCGUCCUAUACUCAUGCCCCAUUCGCAAUAGUUACCGUUCACCCUCAGCAUGGUGCUCCCUUGAUUUUGCAAAGACUGUAAAAUCAUAGAUGCUGAUUGUAAAACUUUGCCAUGCUACAUUAAUUAACAAAUAUUAAUAAAAAGUCGUGCUUCAAUGAUUCUCAUUGUGCACAAUUUAUGCCCUCU